UUAAUUAUAGUUCAGGAAAAUUUCUCGAAUGUGUUUUGAGAAAAUAACAUCAUUAAUUGGAUGAAUCAUUAGAUUAUCGUCAUUUUUAUAAAGACGAUCUCAUGGCAACUUUCUGAUUGAGUUAUUUCGAAAUUUCUCUCUGAAGAUGUCUUACUGGAGCUUUCUAUUUUUCUUGUGUUGUUUCUUGAAGUUGGGGCUGGCACAACAAAAAGAAUUACCUAAAUAUAUCGACAAAUGUUCCUUAAACCACAACUUCAAAAAGUGUGUCCUUAAUAGUGCUCAAAAAGCUAUACCAGUGAUUGUGAAAGGAGAUCCGGAAUAUAACAUUCCAAAUAUGCAACCUCUUCAUGUUCCUUUCGUUGGAUUGAUCAACACCAAUCAGCUGGUCCUAAAUUUUACAGAUACUCAGGUUUAUGGACUCGAAAAUGCAAAAAUGGUGGAUAUUAUAAUUGACAAGAACAAUAAGUUAUCGUCAACACCUAUCUUUGCAAUUCCCAAUGCUACACUGAAAGGAGAAUAUAGCAUAAGUGGAACCUUGUUAGCAUUGAAUCUUAAUGGAAAAGGACAGUAUUCUGUUACAUUGCUGAAUGGUGUUUACAAGUACCCACUUGUCAUAGAAAAAGUGACCAAAGAUGGAGUUGAUUAUUAUCAAGCACGUGGAAAGAAGUUAAUAUUUGAUUUUGAAGACGUAAAGUUUGACAUAGGCGAUUUUUUGGAAGGAGGAAAUGGAUUAGGGAAACAAAUCAACAAACUAUUGACUGAAAAUUGGAAAGAACUUUUGGAGGAUUUCAGACCAGUGAUAUCUGAUGUCGUUAAUACUAUUAUACUGGAUAUUUUCAACAAGAUAGCUCAAGAUGUACCAGCGAAAAAUGUUUUCCUUCCAGAUUGAUUAUUAAUAUUUCAAUUCCAAUAUUUUUGUACGAGACGUGAUGUUACAUAGAAACGUUAAAUAUG